UCUGACAGCAGGUGCAAAAGCAAACAAGCAAACAAAAUAAAAUGGUAAUUUAUUCGUGUAAUCAACUAUUAUAAACCAUUAAAACAAAUGGGACCCAACAUUAUUUAAGAUGUUUUUAAUGAAAGUGACUAAAAUGGAAAUGGUUUGUUAUUUUGUAAUAUUUAUUCUUGCUUUCAUUGUUAGGGUGGAAGGGUCAAUUUAUAAAAACUUGAAACAUUUUGAAACAAUUCAUGCAGAUGAAAUAACGCACAAAAUCGUCAAAAGGGGUACUACUGAGAGCAGUCAUCCUUUUAAUAAGAUAAAGGAAGUUAGUUUUUAUACACAUGGACGAGAUUUUCGACUUAUUUUAACUCCAAAAAGGAGCGUUUUACAUUCCAAGUUUAAAGCAUAUGCGGUUGAUGGGGACGGAAAAGAAACUUCAGUUCAUAUAGAUCACGAUGAUUUUUACCAUGGUCGUGUGUUUGGAGAGACCGCUUCACACGUUAGUUUGCACAUGGACGACGGCAUUAUGACUGGUAGUAUCCAUUUACCUGAAGAAAUAUACCACAUCGAGCCAUCGUGGCGCCACAUUCCUCACUUGGAUAACAAAACCAUGAUCACGUACAAACAAUCCGAUGUAAAAUUUAGUUGGGACCAUGACGACCUUCCUCCUGGUCAAGUAGGUCCCCGAAUAUGUGGCUAUGUGAAAGAAGGAGAAGAACUCGUCGACGAUGAGUUUGAGGGGCGAAAUCAAUGGACAAGACAGCAUCACAAAGUAAAAAGACAAGUGGAUCAAUACGAAUAUACUCCAACCAAGACAAGGUGCCCCCUUUUACUCGUCGCCGAUUAUAGGUUUUUUCAAGAAAUGGGAGCGAGUAACACGAAAACAACAAUCAAUUAUUUGAUUAGUCUCAUAGACCGUGUCCAUAAAAUCUACAAUGAUACCAUUUGGCAAGAUCGGCAGGAAGUCGACGGUUUCAAGGGCAUGGGUUUUGUGAUUAAGAAAAUUGUAGUUCACAGCGAGCCUACGAGGAUCAAAGCGGGUGAAGCUCACUACAAUAUGGUGCGUGAAAAAUGGGACGUGAGAACUCUGUUGGAGGUGUUUUCACGCAACCACCAAAAUAAAGGAGUUUGUUUAGCACAUUUAUUCACGCACCAAACGUUCCAAGCUAGGGACUCUGUAGUUUUAGGCUUGGCAUAUAUUGCUUCACCUAGAAGAGGAUCGCAUGGAGGCAUCUGUACACCGGGUUAUUAUCAUUUCCUUUUUUUAGUUUGCUUUGUAUGGUUGUGUGUUUUGGUUUUUAGCAGGGAAUAUACUCACAAAGACUUCUGCUUGGCCCACUUGUUUACCGAUCUUAAAUUUGAAGGAGGUAUUUUGGGAUUAGCUUAUGUGGGAUCUCCAAGACGCAACUCGGUUGGGGGCAUCUGCACCCCAGAAUAUUUCAAGAACGGGUACACCCUGUACCUAAACUCGGGCCUGAGCUCGAGCCGAAACCACUACGGCCAAAGAGUCAUAACCCGCGAAGCCGAUUUAGUAACCGCUCACGAAUUCGGCCACAAUUGGGGCUCUGAGCACGACCCCGACAUCCCUGAAUGCUCACCUAGUGCUAGUCAAGGAGGUUCCUAUCUCAUGUACACCUACAGUGUCAGCGGUUACGACGUCAAUAACAAACGAUUCUCUCCGUGCAGUUUGCGAUCAAUCCGGAAAGUCCUCCAAGCCAAAUCCGGUCGCUGCUUCUCCGAACCGGAAGAAAGCUUCUGCGGGAAUUUACGAGUGGAAGGCGAUGAAGAAUGCGACGCUGGACUGCUAGGCACCGAAGACAAUGACGCUUGCUGUGAUAAAGACUGCAAAUUGCGACCGAAAGCAGUUUGUAGCGAUAAAAAUUCGCCAUGUUGUCAGAAUUGUCAGUAUAUGACCAGCGAGGUGAAAUGUAGGGAGGCGCAAUAUGCAACGUGCGAACAAGAAUCGAAAUGUACGGGACACCAAUCCGAGUGCCCCAAAAGCCCCCCAAUGGCCGAUGGGACAAAUUGCCAAGAACGCGGCAAGUGCAAAGGGGGCAAAUGCAUUCCGUUUUGUGAAACACAAGGCUUGCAGAGUUGCAUGUGUGAUAUAAUUGUUGAUGCGUGUAAGCGUUGUUGCCGGUCUAGUAUUAAUGAGACUUGUUCUCCAGUCGAUCCGCCUGAUAUUUUAGCCGAUGGAACACCCUGUAUUCAAGGCUUUUGCAACAAAGGACAUUGCGAGAAGACAGUCCAGGAUGUAGUUGAGCGAUUUUGGGAUAUUAUCGAAGAUAUCAACAUCAAUAAAGUUUUAUUAUUUUUACGCGAUAAUAUCGUAGGGACUGUUGUGCUAGUUACAGCCCUUUUGUGGAUCCCCACGAGUUGUGUUAUCAAUUAUGUAGAUAGGAAACGGCGACAUGAGGAGCACGAACGCCGAGAGUGGAGGAAUAAAAGUGAUUUAAUUCAUCCCUCUGAUAAUAGAAGAAUAAUACGUAUAAGGGUACCGAGAAGGAAUAAUACGUAAUCUGAUUUUUUUAUUGUGAUACAAAGUGUUUUAACCUGAUUACCAUUUUCCAAAGUGUUCAUAGGUUAUUGUGUAAAAAAUUCAAGUAUUUGUAAAUACUCUUAACGCUUUAUUGUGGUUAUAUCACUUAAAUUUAUGCGAACAAAUUUUAUUAGGUACUAAGAAAAUAUUUCAAUUUCUACAGAUAGUCAUUAAAAAAGUGAUGAUAAUGUAUUAUGAUAUUGUGUUCUAGUGCAGGAAUUACGUACUUAAUAUGAUUUUAAGAAUUGUGUAAUGAAUUUAUUGUUUAGUUUUUAUUUAUUUUAAAUGCCAAUAUGAAUAAAUUAUAAAA